CACACUAUACAGUACAUAGACUGUGUGUAUAAUCAGUAGAAGCUAUUCCCUUCUGUCACUCCCCAGUGAGUCAUGUGCGGUAUAGACUAUCCCACAUCCCACUAGGAGACUUAAUGAGUGAUAACACUGGACUUCCCAAAGGAAGGUGGAACCAGUGCAGGCCUCUGGGACUCAGUAAUUGCGGAUAUCAAUUACAGCAAAGUAGUAACAGAAGCAGAACUCUGUGUUCUCAUUGUAUUUCACUGAUUACUAAACAAUAUUCUUCCAAACCUCCAAAGCUCCAAACAUCAGAAAGAGUCAAUUUAAUUUCUCUACCUGUAAGCGAGUUUGAGGUCUGUCCCCUGGACUAUUUCUUUUAGGUCUGCCUGGGUUCCCCAGAACACAGUAAAGGUCACAUUUUAUGUAUUCUUUCAGACAGAUUGUUGAUUUGUUAAAACCUUAAAUGUGAAAGCAGUGGGUUUCGGGAUUCCCUCUGAUCAAUCUAUCCAUUUCCGUUAGUCAUUAUCCCUCUUAAUAAAAGGCUUCCAGCCCGUUGCCUGCAUGUACAGUGGAGGCCUUGUUUAUCACCCGUGUCUUUGACACUGUACCCACUCAGUUAAUCCCUAUUGUCCAGUCAGGCCUCAUUAAUCUGGAUAGCUGAUAUGAAUAAAGGGGGACUGAGCCUCACUCUCUCUUGUCCCUCCCACCACUGACUCUUUUUUCUCCCCCGGAAAGGAAGUGACCUGCUUGUCUGAACAGGAAUCAGGCCAUGGCUACACAGCAAGACAACACCUAUUUAUACACACACAGAGGCGCGCGCACACAUGUACGUACAGGCGCGCGCACACGCGCACACACACACACAAACACAAUGUACUUCAGUGUAUAUGUGUUUGCAGGCAGGUCUAAAAUGUCCAAUGAAAAAUGAAAAUGUGGGACGAAAGGGGUGGAGGAGUUUCACUACAUGAGGGCCAGUUGCUUCCUUGGAUCAAGCUGUGGGGAUGGAAUUAACAGAAAUCCCAAAAUGUCCAAAUGCCAAAUCAUCCGAAUAAGAAACCUUGAGCUCUAUCAAACACACCUAAAUAUGCUCAUGAAUUCGAGUGGAUCUGCAUCUCUAAUAGCACUUUAAUGUGCCCCACCCCUUCUCCCUGCUGUUCUCAACACCUCCCCUUAUCCCUUCCAAUGCAAAUGUAAUCACAGCCCACUAUAAAUACACCUAUUCUGCCAUCCUCUCCUGCACUGAGACACAGGGGUCUUUCGGGGGGUUUUUUCACUGAAGAGACUAGGAUUUCUCCUUCUUUCUAAUUUUGGUCCCAGGAUGACUUCAGUGCUCUGUCCUCAUUCUACCUCCAGAGAGUCCUUCCGUUCAGCCGUUGUAAUAUUUCUCCUUCUGCUUGCUGGGCCUUACAGGACAUUGGUGCUUGGUUCUGUUGCUGGUAGAGUGAGGGCAGGGCUUGAGGGACGAGCAAGAGCUGAGGGUAGGGUUAGAUCUGAGAUAAAGGACAAGAGCUGGGACAAGGAACGUAUCGAGGACAACACUGAAACUGGAUUUGGGAACACUCGUGUUAGACCAGGAGAUGGAGGAGAUGGUGAGAUGUGGGGGGACUCUGGUCCUACAGCUGGCUUUAGGUCCAUGCUUUCUGUAGGAGAAGGUGGACUGUGGGAGCCCAGCAGUUCCUCUCGCUGUGUGCCCAUCCCUCCUGGCAUGGCCUUAUGCCAAGACAUUGGCUAUGACACUAUGAGGAUGCCCAACCUGCUGGGCCAUGACUCUCCAGCUGAGGCUGUACAACAGAGUGCCAGUUGGUUGCCACUACUUGCUCGAGAGUGCCACCCUGAUGCCCGCAUCUUUCUCUGCUCUCUCUUUGCACCCAUCUGUCUUGACAGGUUUAUAUCACCCUGCAGGAGCUUGUGUGAAUCUGUACGGGACAGCUGUGCACCAAUCAUGAGUUGCUAUGGCUACCCCUGGCCAGAAAUUCUGCGAUGUGACCAGUAUCCCGCAGACCAUCUCAUGUGUAUCUCCUCCGUCACCAACACCACUGCUCACACAGGGGGACAAAGAGUGCCUCUGGCUAGCUGUCGUGACUGUGAACUGGAGGAGGCCUCCUCUUCAAAAGACACACUGGAGACUUUUUGUAGGAGUGAUUUUGUUGUGAAACUGCGUCUCAGGCGGCUCAAGUACAGUCCAGUAAGUCUGUCCCAGUUCUCGCUGGCAGCCAAACUGGAUGUUCUCAAGCAUGGACCCCUCUUGGGUGGGCAGGUCCGCUCCCACAUUGCGCUGUGGCUAGAGAGGGAUGCCACCUGUGUAAGGAACAUGACACGGCGCCACCCACAAGGUGGCACCUUUCUCGUGACAGGCACGGUACAGGGGGAGCGCGUGGUCGUCAAUAAGGCUUAUGCCUGGCAGAGACGGGACAAGAAACUGAUGGGAGCUGCGCGCAAAUGGAAACAUCACAGAUGCAGGAGCUAAGAUUGUGUGUUCGGUUAGAGAAAAUAAAUGAAUUGUGAAGCAUUAAACAGCUAUGGUGAGAGAGGAAGCAUGUGGAUAGGACUUAACCACAAGUCAACAACUGUAAAUAAUGCUUGGUCUAGUCUUUUCAAAUCAUGUUGAAAUGUUUGUGGUUAUGGAUGAGAUAAUACGCAAUAUGCUGGUCACAAAGUAGCUCAUGAACGAUCAGCACCAGUCCAAGAAAUGAAAGGCUGUUUAAUAGAAAAUUGUACAUAAAGUAUCUGUGAAUUUUAAGAAAAUAUUGCUGUACUAUAUUUGUAUGACUUGAGAGUAAUUAAACUAUAUGUGCUCUGAAGGGUCUGA